UACCCAGGGGAAGUGCUCCAGGUGUUAGUGUGGGUCACACCUGCACGUUUAUUCCAUCUGGAGAUGGAGGAAGAGGAAGAAUCCUUAUUGUUGGGGGUGCCAACCCCAGCGGCAGUUUUUCACAUUCGCACAUCAUAAAUCUAGGUUAAAAAAACAUCAGUAAAGAAUCUGUCCAGGGAUAUGACAUUUGCAAAACUGUGUUUUACAGAGGCUAGGUCAGUGUAUAAUCUGUUUGUGGUGAAAUCACAAUCACCACUGACAAAUGUGUAAUUUACAGCAAGAGUAGGGAAAGGAGGUUGUGAAGAUGUUUUUCUGUUGAAUUUGUUAAUAGUAUAUUAUUAUGGAUAAAGCUCCCAUCACCAAUAAUCUUGAAGAUGAGACGAGCAAAAAUUUAUGUCAGGGGUUCAAGCAUUGUGUACAGUGUCACUUGUCACUGCACCAUAUUGGUAAAACACAUUGUUGUUAUGUGCUUGGCAGGGUCAUUAGUGUGUUGUUCCCUUCACAUUCAUAUCAUAGGGCUUUCCUUGCAUUUUUGUCGUGUCUGACUCCACCAGAUAAUCAUGAAUGGGACAUCCCAGACUGGGAGGGUUUGGAGGCACGCUAUGAACACUGCAGCUUUGUGCCAGAGAGCUGUCCUCAGAGCCUGUGGGUGUUUGGAGGGGCACAGCAGAGCGGCAAUCGCAAUUGUAUCCAGAAUUUACAGCUAACAGAUAGUGGGUCUCGCUGGAAGAAUGUAGUGGUGAAUGGCAAACCUCCCAGUCCCAGGACAUACCACACCAACUCAGCCUGCAUAGGGGACAGACUGUAUGUCAUUUCUGGUGGCGAAGCAGGAGCUGCACCUGUCUCAGACGCCAAACUUCAUGUCUUUGAUACAGUGUCUUCCACCUGGUCCCAACCAGAAACGCAAGGCAGACACCUGCCAGCCAGACAUGGCCACAUUAUCGUAGCAGUGGGUUCAAAGAUCUACAUUCAUGGAGGCAUGGCUGGAGACAAAUUCCACAAUGACAUGUACUCGCUUGAUACAAGGAUCAUGACGUGGGAGAAAGUGCAGACCAAAGGAGACAUCCCACCAGGAAUAGCAGCCCACUCAGCUGUGGUGCUGGGCAAGAAUAUCUACAUUUUUGGGGGGAUGACUGCAGAUGGAGCCAGCAACUCCAUGCACAGAUUCAACACUGAUAAAAGUAGAUGGAUCCUCAUAAAGUUUGAAGGGGAUAUGCCACCCAACCGCCUAGACCACUCCAUGUGUUUAUUGCCGUGGAAGGUGUGUGCUCAUGGGAAUGGAGAUGAGGAGCAAGGCAACAGCCCAGCAGCCUCAGAGACAAUACACCUGGCCUUUGUAUUUGGAGGGAUGGACACCCAGGGUGUCAUUCAUAAUGACUGUAUAAUGACUGUGGUGACAUGAUGUGCUUUAAAUGUAAUAUUAAUUUACCCAAAGGUGUAAUAAAAUGUUUGUCUAGUA